AUGGAUGCAUCAUUGCUUGAGAGAUGCAUUAGGUCUCCUUGUGAGAAGGCGAUCCUUGCUGAGCCAAAACUAACCGAGUGGGAUAUGAUGAUGGGCGACGGUGACUGCGGCGAAGCAGUCAAAGGGCUUUGCGAGUCGGUGAUUAGAAAGCUUGAUGAGGGAAUUGCUGCCCCAGGCUCUGUUGUGUCGUUCCUCGAAGCAAUUACCGAUACCAUUGACGACAUGGGCGGCACCCUAGGCGCAAUCUUUGGCAUCCUCCUCACAGCUCUCAACAACGCUCUCAAGCGCCAACUCGCAGACCAGAAAGUCAGCCAGGCGAUGACCGCAGAGAUCUACGCCGAAGCGCUUCAAGCUGCUGUAGAAUCUCUCAAGACUUGCACGACAGCAAGAGAGGGAGAUCGCACUGUGAUGGAUGUUCUUCUACCGUUUUCGGAUGAGUUUGUGAGGACAAGGAGUUUUGGGGAUUCAGUUGUGAAGGCGAAGGAAAAGGCAGAGGCUACGCGAUAUCUGAGGCCGAAACUUGGAAGGGCUUUGUAUGUUGGGGAGGCUAGUGAGCAGCAGGUUCCUGACCCCGGAGCUUGGGCGCUAUAUGAGAUACUAAGCGGCAUGGCGGAAAGUUUAUAG